CACCUAACACCUGCUGCUGCCGCUCCAAGAUGAGACUCAUGGUCUCGCUGCUGCUGGGCGCCGCGCUGCUCUGCGGCCAAGCCGCUUUCUGCCGCCGGGUCGUCAGUGGGCAAAAAGUGUGUUUUGCUGAUUUAAAGCAUCCUUGCUACAAAAUGGCUUACUUCCAUGAGCUGUCCAGCCGAGUGAGCUUUCAGGAGGCGCGCCUAGCUUGUGAAAGUGAGGGGGGAGCCCUUCUUAGCCUUGAGAAUGAAGCAGAACAGAAAUUAAUAGAAAGCUUGUUGCAAAACCUCACAAAACCAGGAACAGGGAUUUCUGAUGGUGAUUUCUGGAUAGGACUCUGGAGAAAUGGAGAUGGACUAACAUCCGGUGCGUGCCCAGAUCUCUACCAGUGGUCUGAUAAAAGCCAUUACCAGUAUCGAAACUGGUACACCGAUGAACCUUCCUGUGGAAGUGAAAAGUGUGUUGUGAUGUAUCAUCAACCAACUGCCAAUCCUGGACUUGGAGGUCCCUACCUUUACCAGUGGAAUGAUGAUAGGUGCAAUAUGAAGCACAAUUAUAUCUGCAAAUAUGAACCAGAAAUUAAUCCAACAACUCCUGUAGAAAAGACUUAUUUUACAAAUCAGCCUGGAGACACCCAUCAAAAUGUUGUUGUUACUGAAGCAGGCAUAAUUCCCAAUCUAAUUUAUGUUGUUAUACCAACGAUACCACUGCUCUUAUUGAUAUUGGUUGCUUUUGGAACUUGCUGUUUCCAGAUGGUUCAUAAAAGUAAAGGAAGAACAAAAACUAGUCCAAACCAGUCCACAUUGUGGAUUUCCAAGAGCACCAGAAAGGACAGUAGCAUGGAAGUAUAAUUAGUUGUUGACUUGACUCCAGAAAAGAAAAUCAGAGUUUUAUAAAUCUGUAUUUCUAUAAGGAAUGGCAUAAGAACAUUAGCUUGGAAUGGCUUGAAAUAUCAAUGGAUUUGCAAGAUGAACUGUAAGCUCUCCCUUCACACAAAUAUUAAAAUAAUUUUUAUAUGUUUAUUAUUUCAUUUAUAAGAUAUGCUGUGCUUAAAAAAGGAGUGAGACAUGCUUAUUUUGCUGAAAGAUGCACUCAAACUUCAAGUCAAUGGAAUGGACCAUGCAGUUAAAAUUGCUUUCAACACAUCAGGAGUAUGUGUGUGUUGGAAGCAGUUAUUUUUAUUUCUUUCACCUUUCAUAACUUGUGAUCUAGUUAAUGUAAUGUAGAUUGUAUUGAAAUUUGCAGUGAGCAAAAUAUUUUACCUUUGCGUGUUUGAUAAAAAUGGACUGUUCUA